AUGUCAACAGUGCCAAGCGGUCGUAAGAAAUCGGUCAAAGACUACCAAUUUGGCACUCGUAUAGGUGAAGGGUCAUACUCCACCGUGUUUUCAGCCAUUGACUUGCAAACCAAUCGUACUUUUGCCAUCAAAGUGCUUUCAAAGCGCCAUAUAGUCAAGGAAAACAAAAUCAAAUAUGUCAAUAUUGAAAAGACAACUUUACAUCGACUUGGACAGCAACAUCCAGGAAUUGUUCAGCUCUACUAUACUUUUCAGGAUGAAUCCAGCUUGUUUUUCGUGCUCGACUUUGCAGAGUAUGGAGAGCUUUUGUCUAUCAUACGCAAAUUCGGAUCACUCUCCGAGGCAGUGCUGAAGUUUUACAUGUGCCAAUUGCUUGAUGCCGUGAAGUUUAUCCACCUGAAGGGGGUGAUCCACAGAGAUUUGAAGCCAGAGAACGUGUUGGUCGGCCACGACUUCAACUUGAAGAUUACUGAUUUCGGUGCCGCCAAGCUUUUAGGAGAAGAGGACGACAAUGAGGAGAAAAUCGAAUACAAUGAUAUCCAUUCAAAUGGUUCACCAAAUGUCAACACUUCUGUGGACGAUUCGAGAAAAGGUUCUUUCGUUGGAACGGCAGAAUACGUAUCUCCUGAACUUCUCAAGCACAACAUAUGUGGAUUCGAAGCCGAUGUGUGGGCUUUGGGUUGUAUCUUGUAUCAGCUUUUCCACGGCCAACCGCCAUUCAAGGGUUCUACUGAAUAUCUCACAUUUGAGAAAAUCAUAAAUGUGGACUAUUCUUACAGACAAGGUUAUGUACUUCCGCCUGAUGUCACUUCGCUCAUUGAUCAAAUUUUGGUAGCAGAUCCAUCAUCCCGCCCCUCGUUGCAAACCAUAAUGGGAGCAAGAUGGUUUUCGAAUGUGUUAUGGUCUGAUCGCAAUUAUAUCUGGGGUAGAAAAGUUCCACGCUUCGAGCCAUAUUACCCACCAGGAACGGCACCAGCACCUACCAAUUACCUGUACAUGCCACCGAGUCGUAAUAUGAACAAGUCUUCUUCAUACCAACAAUUGCAUUCUCAAAUCCAUGCUUCAGACUUGAACUUGGUUCCCAUGGGAAAGAAAACAUAUCAGCCUGCUACAAAGAUUAAAAAAAACGUUUACAAUCAUUUACCUCAAAACUCACCUAUACCUUUGAAACCUACAAAUGCAAUGGGUGUCCCCACGCCUGUUCUUGUCAACAACAAUUCUCCACCAAAGGUUGCUGGACCACCGCCUCCUCGUUCGGUGCCUAUUACGCCCUCAGUUCCGACCGAUUCUUCAAUGCAAAUGCUGCCCAGAACUCCAGAUAUUGGCAAAUAUCCACCGGUCAAGACCGCCAGUCCACAGCAACGUAAUUUGCGAAACAAUACAGCAUUUGCACUACAAGGUGCUCCGCAGCCCAUCCCUCCAAAACCCACCACGGUACCAGACCCCAGACCCCAUCCAAGCCGUUCGUCAUCAGCGGCCGCGGCUGCUGCUGCUGCGGGUGGAAUAGUGCAACAAAGACUGCAACAGCCACCGCAACAGCAGCAACCACAAUUGCCGCAACAGAAUAAGAACUCACCCAAAGAAGCGGCUCCGCCAAAGUCAAAGAACAACGCGCGGGCCGCGUCACCCAAGAAUAAACCGUCGGGAACUACUCUCUUGUUCAAAGAAGUUUCGAGUCUCUUAAGUCCCAAUGAGAAAAUCUUGAAACUUGAUGUGGUUUUGAAGCUGCAACUCAGUAACAAGGUGAUCAAACGUGAUCAAAGAGAAGUAUUGGACGAUACAGUCAUUGAAAAACUAGUUCGGAAAUAUGACUCUGAGCUUCAGAAAACCCUCAAACCAGUGGUUACCAUAAUUACCAAUUUGGCCAGAGUCUUCUUCAUUGAGAGUCUGUUGGAUGUGAUGAUGGUUGAUCUCAAGGCAAACAACGGCGGCGACUACCUGAUGUACGACUAUGAAUUUGAAAGCAUUGCUGUUGAUGGAGAUGAAGAUGUUUUAAACGGCGAAGAAGUGUAUGGAUAUCUUAUACUUGAAUUGGUUCGUGAAGGUGGAGACUUGAUCUUUUUGAAACGAAUUGGACCAAUGGAUAAAUUAAGUCUCAAGCAGCUGGUUUCCGUUGUGGAUAAGAAUGGGUCUCAAGUAACACUCGGAAAGGUCCAUGGAUGGAUCGACUGCUUGUUGAUUGCCAAAGACAUGGUUGAUAAACGGGAGGUGAGCAAAGAAGCACCCAAAAAGAAAAAGAAGAACAAAAAACCAACGGCCACCAAUGUCACCAUACUUCCCACCCGACCCUCGUCGUCGUCGUCUACAUCUACGGCCAACUUUGCAUAUGCGGCUGCUGCUGCUGCUCACAGCAGAGACUGA